CUGAAGCUUUGGCUUGCAGAGUCUGAAUCACAGGGAGGAAUGGUCCGACUUUGACCUCAUGGCGGAGCACAUCCAUUAUGGGGAUUUGUCAGGAGCUCUAGGGGGUGCUGGUGAAGAGCGUGAAGCUUUCACGGGAUCCAACAUUCACGUGCCCACGGAUGCUGACAUUGUCAACUCCGCUGCCGAUGACAUCGCCCGAGCAAGGCAACAGCAUGAGGAUGCAGUUCGAGCCUUUGAGCAAAAACGAUCACAACGAGAGAUGGCAGUACCAACAGGUGAUGCGCAGGUCAAAGCAAAGCUGCGAGAAUUUGGGGAACCAGUUUGCAUAUUUGGAGAAGGCCCUUAUGAGAGGCGAGAUCGUUUGCGCACGAUCAUGGCCGGCCGAACGGCACCCACUCUGGAUGCAAAGCGCCAAGAGUCUACCGGAGAUGAGGACCUAUUCUAUACAGAGGGAGUGGAAGAGCUUUUGGAAGCGCGCGUGAAAAUCGCCGAAUGGUCGCUUCCCAGGGCCAACCAACGCCUGGUAAAGGAGCGCAGACAACGCAUGGAAGAAGAUCCGGUGGAGCACGAGGAGCGCGUGGAUAGAUUCUGCCAGUUUUUGCAGAAGUCCAUGGUGGCUGAAGUGUCUCAGGUUGGAGACGAAAGGCCCUUGACGCAAGGGAAAUUCUCUCCGGAUGCCCAGCUGUUUUGCACCUCAUCAUGGUCUGGAUUCAUCAAGUUGUGGAAAACCCCAUCUUGCGACCCCGUCCUGACCAUCCGCGGCCAUGAAGACAGGUGCAACAGCAUUGCGUGGCACCCUGGGUGCAAAGGAGUACCUCCCUUCGAAGGCAACACUGUUCGUCUCGCCUCAGCGUCGGCAGAUUCGAGGAUCAACCUCUGGUCGCUCUCGGACAGCCAGCCGGUCAACGUGCUGGAAGGGCAUGAGGAUCGAGUGAACAGAAUUCUGUUUCAUCCUAUGGGCGAGCACUUGGUCUCCACAUCCCAUGACAUGAGUUGGCGGCUCUGGGAUGUUGAAACCACCACCGAGCUGUUGCUGCAGGAAGGUCACUCUCGACCUGUCUAUGGGGCCUCCAUCCAUCCAGAUGGCUCUUUGGUGGCAACUUCUGAUUUGGGCGGAGUCGUCCGGGUCUGGGACCUUCGCAGUGGAAAAACAGUCAUGCCACUGGCGGCGCAUGGCAAGCAGGUGAUGGCGGUUGACUUUCACCCGCGUGGCACUGUGCUAGCCACGGCCAGCGAUGACCACAGCGUCCGAGUCUGGGAUCUUCGCAAGCGCAGGUGUACUCACAAUCUACUGCUCCACAACAAGCUCAUCUCUGAGGUGAGCUUUGAAAGAGGCGAGGGACGACUGAUCUUGACCUCCAGCUACGAUGGCACUGUGAAGAUUUGCUCGACCACCGACUGGAAGGUGGUGAAGGUUCUCAUCGGCCACGAGGGCCGUGUCAUGGGCGCAGACCACGUCCCAGCUGCCGUGGGCGGCCACCACUACAUUGGCUCGGUCGCGUUCGACCGCACCCUGAAGUUCUGGUCUACUCAGGGCAAGGCCGAGCCGCCGGUGGAUGCCACGGCCUUCAUGACCUGAGACCGGAUCGCUCCGAUCCGAGUCCAGUGCCCGAAGUGCCCGACCCCGAGUCGAGAGGAAAAAGCAAGAGAAGCAGACGAAGACGAAGAAAGGGUA